AUGUCCUCCCAAGAUCGUGACAUCGAGGUCGAUGUCGACGCUGAUGGCCGAGUAAUCCCCCUCCCCGACUUUGGGGACAUGCGCCCGCGCAAGGAGGCCCAGAAGAGUGACAAGAGCGAGAAGAAGGCCUCCCGAAGCAAAUCAGAGCGCAGCAGCAGGACCGACAGAGAGAAGGGAGAUAGGGAACACAGACCCCACCGCGUGAGCUCCCGCUCCUCCAAAUCGAAAAUAGCAGACGGCAGCGGCCUCGGCAGUGAUACGCAUUCCUACUCCCACCGCCGUCACCGCACCCGUGAAGAACGAGACCGCGACCGAGAGAGAGAUCGCGCUCACGAUCGCUCCUCGUCCAUGACCGACCUGAUUCCCGAAAUGUCUCGGACCUCAUUGACUGGUCCGGCUUCGACUGACCGUAUCUCGCUUCCCUACCCGUCCUUCAGCAAGGCACACAGCAAAGAAGCCGUCCGCAAUAGUCGCGAGGAUGUGUCAGGAUCCGGCGUAGGUGUCACGAGGAGGGCCGAUCCAUUCACUCCCGAGGCCACGGAUCUGGGUGAUAGCGAGCUCAAGCGAUCCCAGAGCGUCGAUCACUCCGAGAAGCAGCGCACAAGUUCGUCCAAGAAGGAGUCGAGGCCGCCUAGUCCGCCCGAGACCGACCUGUCGGGCAAGAGACGAUCGGCCACCCCUGAGGAGUCGUCAAAGAAGAUGCGCGAGGAGCGCUCGAGCUCGAGACUCAGUGGUGAGACAUCCAAGAGAGAUCGGGACGACAGGCCGAGCUCGCGUCUCAGUGGUCUCUCGAGAUCUGGCUCUAGAGCCGACGACAAGUCCCGAGUGAGCUUCAAGUCAAAGACUAGCAGUCAGGCGACGUACGUAAAGUCGCCAGCAUUCCCACCUGGUGUUCAAGAAAGCCUGAACAUCAAGCCGAGCACUUCCAGGUCGUCCUCAAAGCGGAGCUCGUCGAGCAAGAAAAGUCGGCGGUCAGAGUAUCACGAUGGUGAUUCAUCCCCCGAGAGUCUGCAGGACUCGUCUCCCAGGACCCCUACACAAGCGCCGCCGUUCCCGCCACCCUUCGCUAUGAGUGACAAGCCUCUAGGGCCCCCUCCUCAGGUUUAUCCCGAAAACGACAUUACACCAUCGGCCACUCCAAUGACUGAUAUGCCUCCUCCUACGGGACCCCCUCCUCCGCCACCACCACCUCCGGCGCUGGAUGUACAGGAAGCGCCACGGGUCGACUACCUUUUACAGAAUGGCGGACUUAUUCAACCAAUCCCCAAAACCUUUCUUUCUGUUCUGCCUCGCCAGAAUGGCGCCCGGCCAUCGAACCCACCCCUUGUCGGCCCGCAAACUUUAUUCGCCCCUUUUUUCAACCUACUGGACCAAUAUAACUCGGUUCUCGGCCGUAACGGCUCAGUAGCAGUUGCCACUGGUCAUCGAUCAGUAGCUCGUCGUCUUCUAGACCGCCUUGAAAACGUCUUUUCCAGAGAGCUUCCUGAGCAUGGAUGCACUUGUGUAGUUUGCGAGAGGGGCCCUGACAUUCAGCAUCGCGGCCUGGGCUGGGGCGAAGUUCUUGAAUGGGUUAGUGGCCGCAUCGAUCUUCCGCAGUGGCCGCCGUUUGACCUGGCAAGCUUGGGAUCCAAUGCCGCCGAAGUAUCGGCAGAGCUGCCACCGCGGCCCGAUUCACCAGUCAAGAUCGAUCCUGAUAUUGCCGAAGAGUUCCGUGAGCACUACCUCAGACAGUCGAAGAAAGUCAGGGGAGCCGUGGACAAGUGGCUCAACACCUGCGGAGAGACCACCGCGCCCCCACCCCAAGAUGUAGACGACGAGACGCUCACAUUUGCAAUUCUCACGAACAUGGAUCCUGAAGACCAGCCGUAUUUUAACGCAAUCUUGGCUGGCUCCAACCACCCUAAGCCGGCAACAAGAGCUCCUACACCAUUACACCGUCCCCGCCCGGAUCUUCUUGUCAGAGCUGGCUUGGCCCUGCAACGUCUUUAUCGAUUGCAACAAGUACCCCGAGAUGCAGAGGUUGCCAUGUACCUCGUCAAGAACCCCCACACCCACGACCUCCUUGUCACUAUGUCCGAUAUCAACACGCAAGAGUGGGAGAUUUUGACUUCGGGCAGAUUCGAUGGCUUCCUCUGGUCUGGAGCUGAUGGCGAUGAUACGCCCACAGCCGAUUCGCGCGGCGCCACCCCUGCGAGCAAUUAUUACCCCUCUCGGCCGGGGACCAUGAGCCCCAGUGUGCGAGGAACGCCAGGCUUCUCAGCAUCUCGCAACACUACACCAUUCUCCGCCUACUCUCGCGGCGCUACCCCUGCGUCAUUUGUGAGUAAUGCAUCAUCCGCGGCGGCCAACAAGCAAGCAGUAUCCCGAGACGAGGAGAUGGAGAUGGCCGUCUUGGCAGAAGUAGAGCGAGAAAUCUACCAGGGCAUGGAGGCGUUGGAGGACGCAUUUGAAGCCCUUCACCUCAGGGCCGAAGUCGUCCGGACGGGGUUGCGCAACCGCGGAGCAGGAUUGAUGCACAGCCUUCAAAGCCGGCGGCGGAUUGAUGUCCUGCCUAAUCCGGGCUCCGGCAACUCGCAGUCAUCAGGCUACGAGCGGCCCAGCUGGGCUCAAGGCGAUUACGACGCCAACAGCGACAGCGAGUGGGGAGGCGACGACUUCGAGCUGGCCCCCGAUGAUUCGGCGAGUAACAUUAGCAGUUCCCGCCACCGACGACCCAAGAGACGUACAGAGCGACGGACACCGGCGCCCAUUGAGGAAGAUGACGAGGAAAACUGA